AUGCGAUCGCUUCUUCUGCUCUCGACGCUCACCGUCUCAUCGGUCGUCGGCUGCGGCGGCAAGCCGUGCCACGAGAAGGCGUGUCCCAGCGAAUCGUUUCAAAAAUUCACAAGACCCAGCGGCCAUGUUGUUUGCCUAACGCCGUUCAAGCAGAAUAUGCGCUACGCGGAUACGGGCGCCGCUUGCGCCUCACUCGGCGACGGCGUCAAAUUAUUCGGCAUCGAAACCGAAGAGGAGUACACGUUUAUCAACGGACAAAUCGGUCAUUCCUGGUACUACGUCGCCGCGUUCCGAAAUCCGCAAUGCCAGGCGAAUCGGUCGGUGCUUGCCACGAUGCCCGAAUGCACAAGGGAUAAGAUGUUCCACUUCACUGAUGGCGUCACCCAAGGAACAUACCUUUGGGAAGGAAAAUGGCAAGCGAAUAAUCCCAACUCGGCGUUCAUCAAUGGCGAAUAUGAAAGCGCGAUUGGUGUUCGUGACGACGGCGUCGGAGAUUGGCCGUAG